AUGGCCGAGGCGGGGUCGCCGGGGCCGCAGGGGGACGGCUGGGCCCUGCCGCCGGCCGGGAGAGCCGCCGACCCGCAGGACGACGCCGAGCACGCCGAGAGAGCUGUGCACCAGGAAGAUGCUGAGAGUGACUGGAGUGCUGACUCCUGCAGUGAUUAUGGCAGUCGUGGCAACGUGGGGACUGCCUUGGGAAGGGCUGUGCCAGAUGGGAACGUGCUUCUUCCAGAUAUUUUUCACACCGAUCAUCUUUUCUUUUACGAGCGGUUUAGUACUUACCAGGAUUACAUCUUGGCUGACUGCAGAGCUUCUGAGGUGAAACAUUUCAUAGCUGACUACCUGGAGAAGGUCCUGGAGCCAUCUGGCUGGCAGGCAAUCUGGCGCACUGAUGUGUUUCAGGUUGUUGUGGGGGUUGUUGAUGUGGAUUACUCGUCUCUGAAAGCAGUUGUGCAGCUCAGUGACCCUUUCCUGUGCGAGUCACGGGACAGCAGCUUUACCUUGGAGUGCAUGCAGGAACUCCUGGAGCUGAAGCAAUAUCAGAUCCUACUGCAGGAGCUGUGGGUUGUGUAUGAUGAGUCAGGAGAGUUUGACCAGACAGCACUGGCUGUAGAGCAUGUCAGGUUCUUCUACCGGUGGAUCUGGAGGACGUGGGACGAGGAGGAGGAGGAUGAGUUUGAUUACUUUGUGCGCUGUGUUGAGCCCCGACUGAGGCUGCAUUAUGACAUCCUUGAACACCGUGUGCCUUCUGGGCUUGUAGCUGAUUACCAGAACUUGUUGUCUCAAUGUGAGGACCUUUAUGGGAAGUUUCUGAAUGUGAGGAACAGCAUCUCAACCAGUGACUCGGACUCAGAAGUAGAAAACGUCUCCAUGGUGGAAGGACUCAAAUUGUAUGAGGAAGUGGAGCACUUAAAACAAAAGCUAAAACUGAUCGAGAAUCCUCAGCUGAGGUAUGUGUUUGGUUACCAGAAGUAUGGAAGUCUCCAGGCUAAAGGACUGAGGACAACGGGUACCAAGGUCAUUCAUGUUGUACCCUCAGCCAUUGCAGCAAAUCAGCUCUAGUUGUUGAU